GUCCGCCGCCAGCGCUCGGCUCCCGACCUGAAGGCGCGGGGCCCCAUCCCGUAGGGGGUGUGGGAUUUUGGGGACACGCCCUCCCCCAAACGGACAAUCACGGCCUCCCUCCCACCCCCACAAUCGGGGGGGCUCUCCUCGCCGGGGAGGCCCCCAGCUGCUGUCACACUGCCCCCCCCCCCUCGCGUGUGUGUGUCUGUGGGAGGGGCCCUCGGUCAGGAGGGAUUCUUACAGGGGAGUCCCUAAUUAUGGCGAUCCCGCUAAUUAAAAAGAAGCGCCUCAUUUCUGGGGCCCCCCCCAUUCUGGUGCCUCCUCUCUGCUGGCCCAGCCCACUCCAGCCUGGCAGCUCUGGGCACCGCCCCCGCCCCGCCCCUUUCUGCGGCUCGGGCGGGGCCGCGGCUCCAGCAGGCCCCGCCCACACCGUGCGGCCCCGCCUCUCGCCCUCUAUGGGCGUGUUGUGGGCGUGUUACUCGGGAAAUCCCCGCCCCUGCAGGCAGCGCUGAGUUGAUCUGUGUGUCCCGCCCCUUUGGGCGUGUCCCUACGUGGCCACGCCCUUUCCCGGUCAAUACCGCCCCCCCAUCCCUGCCCGUACCCCGGUACCCCCCCGGCCUCGUUCGCCCCGUUCCGGCCCCGUUCGCCCCGGCCCAGCCGCACCAUGAGCCGCCUCGGGCCGCCGCCGCUGCCGCUGCUGCUGCUCGGGGUGCUGGGGGCUCUAAGCCCAACCCCGUCCGCGGGGCAGGAACCAGCCCCGAGCCCCCAUCCCAGCGCCCGGCCCAACGCCACCAGGCCGGUGUUCCCGGUAUUCCCGUGCGGGGGGGACCAUCGCGGGGAGUCGGGGUUCAUCGCCAGCGAGGGCUUCCCCCGGCAUUAUCCCCCCGGCAGCAACUGCACCUGGACCAUCACGGUCCCCGAGGGCCAGGUGGCCACCCUCUCCUUCCGCAUCUUUGACCUGGAGCCGGACCCUCUGUGCCGCUUUGACGCCCUCUCGGUGUUCGGGGGCCACGGCCCUGGGGCGCCGCUUUUGGGGCGCUUCUGUGGCACCUUCCGUCCAGGGGCCCUUCGGGCACCCCAAAACCGGCUCCGGUUGCACAUGGAGAGCGACGGCGGCACGGCUGGGAGAGGCUUCCUGGCCUGGUUCAGCGCCGGCAGCCCCCCAACCAACGGGCCCCCCCAGGGACGGCGGCGUUCGGGGGUCUUUAAUAAACCCCAUUUUUUCGGGGAGUCCUGGCACUAUUUUGAUGAGCAUCAGUUUUGUGGUGGGCGGCUGGAGAAGCCCCAGGGGAGCCUGAACACCCCAAACUGGCCAGAGGAGAAUUAUCCCCCCGGGAUCAGCUGCUCCUGGCACAUCGUGGCCCCCCCCGACAAGGUGGUGGAGCUGCGGUUCGGGAAGUUCGACGUGGAGCCCGACCCCCAUUGUCGCUACGAUUACGUGGCCGUGUUCGAGGGGGGGGCGCGGGACGACGCGCGGCGCCUCGGGCGGUUUUGCGGGGAGGAGACCCCCGGCCCCAUCCUCUCCAGCUCCCCGGAGCUGCUGGUCCAGUUCGUGUCGGAUUUGAGCGUCACCGCCGACGGCUUUUCGGCCACCUACACCCUGCGGGACCGGGGCAGCGCUCCCGAGCCGCCCCCGACAAAGCCCCGGGGGGGCGGGAAGGGGAAGCCGCCCCCCAGCCCCAAAGCGGGGCCCCCCACGGCCGCCCCCGCUUUGGCGACCCCCUGCCCGCAGCGCUGCCGCCGCGCCGGGACCCUCCAGAGCAAUUUCUGCAGCAGCGACUUCGUGCUGACGGGGACGGUGAAAUCGGUGUCGCGGGGGCCGCCCCAGGAGCCGGGCUGGGCCGUGGUGUCUGUUCUCAGCCUCUACAAGUCGGGGGCCCUGGAGGUCCCCCAGCCCGCCAAGGGGGCCACGCUGCGGCUGCAGCUGCCCUGUCGCCUCUGCCCCGCGCUCAAGAAAGGCUCCAGCUACAUCCUGAUGGGGCGGCUGGGCGGGGACGGGGGAGCCCUGCUGCCCCCCGACGCCUUCGUCGUGCCCUACCGCCCACAGCAGCAGCAGAUUUUGGGGAACCUCAGCAAGAGGCCGUGUCGGGGGACCCCCUGAAACCCCCCCAGAGCUCCCCCGGACCCCCCCGCGUUGGGGGGACGCCCCCCGCACAUACGCCAAUAAAGGGUGCAGAGAUGGAG